AUGAGGACCUUAGAUGGAGGGGUGGGGCCACCAUUGCCUCUUGCACCUUUCAGAAAUCCCAUUGCUUCUUCCCCUAGAGGUGGUCGUGGUGACAGGACCGGCCGCUAUGGAGCCACUGAUCGCUCUCAGGAUGAUGGUGGAGAGAACCGCAGCCGAGACCAUGACUACCGGGACAUGGACUACCGCUCAUACCCGCGUGAAUAUGGCAGCCAGGAGAGCAAGCAUGACUAUGACGACUCCUCUGAAGAGCAGAGUGCAGAGGAUUCCUACGAGGCCUCCCCGGGCUCCGAGACUCAGCGUAGGCGGCGGCGGCGGCACAGGCACAGCCCCACCGGCCCACCAGGCUUCCCCCGAGACGGCGACUAUCGGGACCAGGACUAUCGGACCGAGCAAGGGGAGGAGGAGGAGGAGGAGGAGGAUGAGGAGGAGGAGGAGAAGGCCAGUAACAUCGUCAUGCUGAGGAUGCUGCCACAGGCAGCCACUGAGGAUGACAUCCGUGGCCAGCUGCAGUCCCAUGGCGUCCAAGCUCGGGAGGUCCGGCUGAUGCGGAACAAAUCCUCAGGUCAGAGCCGGGGCUUCGCCUUCGUCGAGUUUAGUCACUUGCAGGACGCUACACGAUGGAUGGAAGCCAAUCAGCACUCCCUCAACAUCCUGGGCCAGAAGGUGUCCAUGCACUACAGUGACCCCAAACCCAAGAUCAAUGAGGACUGGCUGUGUAAUAAGUGUGGUGUCCAGAACUUCAAACGCCGAGAGAAGUGCUUCAAAUGUGGUGUGCCCAAGUCAGAGGCAGAACAGAAGCUGCCCCUUGGCACCAGGCUUGAUCAGCAGGCACUACCACUGGGUGGGCGGGAGCUAAGCCAGGGCCUGCUCCCACUGCCACAGCCCUACCAGGCCCAGGGAGUGCUGGCCUCCCAAGCUCUGUCACAAGGCUCAGAGCCAAGCUCGGAGAACGCCAACGACACCAUCAUUUUGCGCAACCUGAACCCACACAGCACCAUGGACUCCAUCCUGGGGGCCCUAGCACCCUAUGCGGUGCUGUCCUCUUCCAACGUGCGUGUCAUCAAGGACAAGCAGACCCAACUGAACCGAGGCUUUGCCUUCAUCCAGCUCUCCACCAUCGUGGAAGCAGCCCAGCUGCUACAGAUCCUGCAGGCCCUGCACCCGCCACUCACCAUUGACGGCAAGACCAUCAAUGUCGAGUUUGCCAAGGGUUCUAAGAGGGACAUGGCUUCCAAUGAAGGCAGUCGCAUCAACGCUGCCUCUGUGGCUAGCACUGCCAUUGCAGCGGCCCAGUGGGCCAUCUCACAGGCCUCCCAGGGUGGGGAGGGUGCCUGGUCCACCCCCGAGGAGCCACCGGUCGACUACAGCUACUACCAACAGGAUGAAGGCUAUGGUGGCAGCCAGGGCACAGACUCCUCCCUCUAUGCCCAUGGCUACCUCAAGGGCACCAAAGGCCCCGGCAUGACUGGAACCAAAGGGGACCCAACCGGAGCAGGUCCUGAGACCUCACUUGAGGCUGGGGCAGAUUCUGUGUCACUGCAGGCUUUCUCCCGUGCCCAGCCUGGUGCUGCCCCUGGUCUCUACCAACAAUCAGCUGAGGUGAGCAGCAGCCAGGGCACUGCUGCCAACAGCCAGUCAUAUACCAUCAUAUCACCUGCCGUGCUAAAAUCUGAGCUCCAGAGUCCAACCCAUCCCAGCUCUACCCUACCACCGGCCACCAGCCCCUCUGCCCAGGAGUCCUACAGCAGUACCGUGAGUAGCCAUGUAUAUGAGACAUCUGGCUACUACUAUGAUCCCCAGACUGGCCUCUACUAUGACCCCCACCCUCAGUAUUACUACAACGCGCAGAGCCAGCAAUACCUGUACUGGGAUGGGGAGCGGAGGACCUACAUUCCUGCCCUGGAGCAGUCAGCCGAUGGGCAUAAGGAGUCGGGGGCACCAUCAAAGGAGGGCAAGGAGAAGAAAGAGAAGCACAAGACCAAGACAGCCCAACAGAUUGCCAAGGAUAUGGAGAGGUGGGCCCGCAGUCUCAACAAGCAAAAAGAGAACUUCAAAAACAGCUUCCAGCCUAUCAGCUCUCUGCGAGAUGAUGAAAGGCGGGAGUCAGCCAGAGAUGCUGGCUAUGCAUCCUUGAGAAGAAGGUGUGGAGCGCUAGCUGAGAGACAGCAUACCAGCAUGGAUCUCCCGAAGUUGGCCAGUGACGACCGCCCAAGCCCACCUCGAGGGCUGGUGGCAGCCUACAGCGGGGAGAGCGACAGUGAGGAGGAGCAGGAGCGUGGAGGUCCUGAGCGGGAGGAAAAGCUCACAGACUGGCAGAAGCUGGCUUGUCUGCUCUGCCGGCGCCAGUUCCCCAGCAAGGAGGCACUCAUCCGGCACCAGCAGCUCUCAGGGCUCCACAAGCAAAACCUUGAGAUUCACCGGCGAGCCCACUUGUCAGAAAAUGAGCUGGAAGCACUAGAGAAGAAUGACAUGGAGCAAAUGAAGUACCGGGACCGAGCAGCAGAACGCAGGGAGAAGUAUGGCAUUCCUGAGCCUCCGGAGCCGAAGAGGAGGAAGUACGGCGGCAUAUCUACAGCCACUGUGGACUUUGAGCAGCCCACUAGGGAUGGGCUGGGCAGUGACAACAUUGGCAGUCGCAUGCUCCAGGCCAUGGGCUGGAAAGAGGGCAGCGGCCUGGGCCGCAAGAAGCAGGGCAUUGUAACACCCAUUGAGGCCCAAACACGAGUGCGGGGCUCUGGCCUGGGUGCCCGGGGCAGCUCCUAUGGGGUCACCUCAACGGAGUCCUACAAGGAAACACUGCACAAGACAAUGGUGACCCGCUUCAACGAGGCCCAGUGAGCAGCUGCAAGAGCGACUUCUUCAGAUGCUGGAUGGUCUGAGGGAGGCCGUUCUCCUACCUACCAGCCUGCUCCCUAGCCAGAGAAGCCCUGACCAAAUCAAAUUUUGAGUGGUGACUUUUGAUGAGAAAUUAAGUUGGGCUGGAAUCGUUCUUUUUGUAAUAAAAGCUGAAAAGCCUGUGUCUUACAUCUUCUUGCUCAUGCCCUAGUAUGGUUUAUGACGCACAGACACGGGAUGCAAGCAUAUCUACAAAGGUCAAGCUGGGUGGCACUGGUGGCAUUCAGUGUCUAUCACGUGGCUACCAGAACUUGGGAUUCUGGCCUAUACCGCAACCCACAAGAUCCUGAUGGUGGGCCCUCUCCCUUGUCAGAGUCUAGCAGGUCCUGCUAUAUCAGAACUCCAGUACCACCAGGCUUCGAGUCCCUGGUUCAGAGCCAGGACUAGGAACCCCCUACCCCUAUUCUCACUAUU